CCUUCCUUUUGAAUGGUAAGUUGUUUUAGAGAGAGAAAGUUUGUGACCGCUUUGGGGAUGGCGGGGAAAAGCUGUGAGCUGUGUAAGGCUCCGGCGAGGAUGUACUGCGAGUCGGACCAGGCGAGUUUAUGCUGGGACUGCGAUGCCAAGGUUCACUCUGCGAACUUUCUUGUGGCGAGGCAUUCAAGGAGUCUUCUGUGCCACGCUUGCCAGUCUCCGACGCCGUGGAAUGCUUCCGGUCCGAAAAUCGGAUCGGCUGUGUCGGUAUGUGAUAGUUGCGUUGAUAACUCCGAUGAAAUGAAGGGCAGGCACAGGGAGAGCACGGAUGAGAGACAAGUAGAAAAUCCCUUGAUUAAUGCAGAAGGUGAUGAAUACGAUGAUGAAUAUGGUAGUGGUGGUGAUGAUGAGGAGGAGGAGCUUGGUGGAGAUGAUGAUGAGGAUGAGGAUGGGGAUAAUCAGGUUGUGCCGUGGUCGUCUACGCCGCCUCCGCCGUCGGCGAGUUCAUCGGACUAUGAAGAGUCCAAUAAUAGCGAUGGAGUCGUUUCGUUGAAGAGAGGGUGUGAGAAUGUUGCAGAUCUUCUAUCAGAUGAUGACGAUGACCUCGGCUGUUCAUCUUCUCAACGUAAUAGCCAUACGGCGCCGUCGUCUUCUGCGGCGUUACCGGCUGCGGCUUCCGCCGAUGGAGAAAACAACGCCGCACUUGUGGACUCCUGGUCAUCGACAAGGCCGUUGAAAAUCCGCAAACUUGAGUCAGCCCGGUUGAACCGGGUUCAUGAUGGGCGGACCGGUUGGAAACCGGCGGCAAUAAUGGAGUCGCUCCGGAGAUUCAAUGGGCAAGGCAUGAACCCGAUCUGCGGCGAUCUUAGGAGUCCGAUGGCUGAGUAAAGAUCCCACCGCCGUUAAUUUCGAUUCGUCGGAGUUGCCCUAGCCCUUUGGGUAUCAUGUUGUUAGUCUAAUGACUUAGUUACCUAUUUACCCUCUAAAUUAUACUAUUUGUGUUAAUCAAGGUAUUGAAUUAUAUUUUAUGUCAAUUUAACCCUUAAAUUAUAUAAUCUGAUUCAGUGUAGGCCUUUUGUUCAAAUUCGUCGUUAUUUUGAAGAGAAGCUAUCAUGUGUAUAUCACAUAAAUUUUGAAGUAUAACUUAAUCUCUGACUUGUAUUUUUUAAUUAUUUUAAUUUAAUCUCUC